CACGACCCCGGCCCGGGAAACAUGGCGGAAAAUUCAAAGGGAUGUGUGGUGCCAUGUCUAUAUACAGAAUCCGAUCUCCAGGAGCUGUGCCGUGCUGAGAGCGUGCGCUGUGGCACCCUCGGUGUGAAUCGCAAAAAUAUCUGUAACUUCGAGGUGGAAUAUCUCUGCGACUAUAAGAGAGUGCAGGAUGAAGAAUUGUACCUGGUGAAGUGGAAAGGAUACCCUUACUCAGAGUGCUCCUGGGAGCCCCGCCAUCACCUCAAGUGUUUCAACCUCCUUAAGCAGUUCCACAGGGACCUGGAGCGGGAGCUUCUGCGGAGGGCGAAGGCUCCUGGUGGUUCUGGGAGUAAAAAGCUAACUGGACGUUGCCCUCGAAGGCUAGAUCCAAGCCUUUCCCAUCACUUGGUUCUGAAAGCCAAGCAGCGGCAGCGCUUACGGCAGUGGGAGCACCAACUAAACGCGAAGCGCUCCCACCCUGGCCAAAUAUUAGUGGAGAAUGAGGUGGACCUGGAGGGUCCCCCGAAAGACUUUGUGUACAUCAAUGAGUACAAGGUGGGAGAAGGGGUGACGCUCAGCCACUUUGCAGUGGGCUGUAAGUGCCGUGACUGUUUCACAGAUGAGGGUGGCUGCUGUCCUGGGUCUUUCCAGCACAAGUUUGCCUACAAUGAUGAGGGGCAGGUGAAGUUGAAAGCUGGCUACCCGAUCUAUGAGUGCAACUCUUACUGCCGCUGCGGCCCCUCCUGCCCUAAUCGUGUAGUGCAAAAGGGAAUCCAGUACAAACUGUGCAUUUUCAGGACAUCCAAUGGCAGGGGCUGGGGAGUUCGCACGCUGGAGAAGAUCCGCAAGAACAGCUUUGUCAUGGAAUACGUUGGCGAGAUCAUUACCUCGGAUGAGGCAGAACGCAGGGGACAGAUCUAUGACAGACAGGGCGCCACCUACCUGUUUGACUUGGAUUAUGUGGAGGAUAUAUAUACGGUUGAUGCUGCUCACUAUGGAAACAUCUCUCACUUUGUUAAUCACAGUUGCCGGCCAAACCUGCAGGUCUACAACAUCUUCAUUGAUAAUCAGGACGAGCGAUUGCCUCGGAUUGCAUUCUUCGCCACACGCACCAUCCGCACAGGAGAGGAACUUACAUUUGAUUAUAACAUGCACGUGGAUCCAGUAGAUGUGGAAAGUACCAAAAUGGAUUCUAACUUUGGUCUAGCAGGGCUCACAGGAUCUCCAAAGAAGAGAGUGCGAGUGGAGUGCAAGUGUGGCACCAACAGUUGCCGUAAAUACCUCUUUUGAGGCAUGUGUGAAGGGUUGCCACACACAAACACCGCGGCCUGGGACUUUAUGCUGCUUUGAGAGGGCAGAUGUGGCCUCUUCCCCCACUUGUUCCAGGCGCAAUCUAGUGUCUUGACCCCGCUGUAUGAAAUAUCUGGUGCUAAUGAAUAUGUAAAGGGUUUUUAAACUUGGUUCGUUCUGCAAGCUCUUUAGCAACGAUUUGAUUUUCCGAGCUUGGUGAAACGUGACUUUGGCCAUUUUUACUUGAACGGCUGCUUUGUAUGAGACGUCCUGCGGGCCUAGUCUGAACACAGUGCCCACUCUAAACUUUGCAGUUACCAGCAGGAUAGUUUUUAACACCACCAAUUCUUGAUGGGCAGCAGCUUUUUAUCAAAGUACUUUUAUUUUAUUUUUAGGUCUGAUUUUUUUUUUUUUUACUGUAAAUAUAAAGUUGAGUAACCAACCCUUGUACUUUUGUAAAUAAAGGGAAUUGGACGGGGACUAGACAAAGCUGUGGGAGGGCGGAGGGUGGAGUGGGAUAUAAUUUGCCUAUUGUGUAUAAUUAGGCCACUGCCACAUAAUCUGGGAUAUCUGAGAAAAAUUGAGGGACCAUCUCUCCUUUAUCACCAGAGAUCUUUAACAAACUGCCAAGAACCUCCAGCUUGAUGUACAGUGCCAUCACAGCGUGGUUUUAAAAGUGGGAAAUUGCAGUUGCUGAUCACAGGAAGGACCUUUCCUUGCAGCUGGAAGGGUGUGUGUCUCCUCGUCCUCCACACCGUUCCUGCAUUUGAUGCGGACUAUGUGACUUGCAGUCCGGGUGCAUCCUGAGAGAGCCUGUCCUACCAUCUCUGAGUGCUCAGUGCCUGUAUGGCAUGUAUCCUCUUUAAAGAUUAUAUAAUGUUAAGUUUACAUUAUCCUGUUCUAUAAGGGCUGUGCAUCUAGUAUUUUAAUCUAAUUUGCAGGUAACCUCCUGUGCACAUAACAUUAAUAAUGUUGAAUUCUUCC